AUGGAUUUCGUGACGCAUAUGCCGAAGUCAAAGCGAGGAAAUACUUUUUCCUCUUGUUCCAGACAUGUCUUCAGGACUCGUGAUGUGCAAACCAAUGUCAUCCACGACAGCCCAGGACGUAGCAGAGAACAUGUGCUCAGGAUGUUCGGCGCUUCAAAAAUGAUCCGCCACGAUCAAGACCCGAGGUUCACGAGUGAGGUUUUCACACGAUUCAGGGAACUUCUAGGUAGUCGUCAAAGGUCCACUCUGAGCUACCGACCCGAUGCCAAUGGGCAACAAGAACGUUCAGUUCAGACUGUCAUUCAGAGUGUGCGGGCGUAUGUCCCUGAAGCAGACCAGUCAGAUGACCACGCCGAGCGACUGAUGUUCGCCCUGAACGCAUCCUUUGAUGCAACUCGUCUGGAUACGUCAUUCUAUCAGGCCCAUGGUUGCGAUGCCCAGGGCACUGUAUCCUCCACGUUGGGACCUAAGCCCUCCAGCCUGCAAGAAUGGAUCGCCUCCAUUAGCGACUACAGCUAUGCACGAGCCUGUGCUAAGGUCCUCCUGAAGGAAACAAAGCGCAUGAGAUCGGAAGCUCAGACCUAG